AUGAUUGAACUCAUAGACUGUUUAACUGGACCCAAACGCAGACCAGAAGAUCUAUACACUCUUCAACCCGGCCGCAUAAUCCGCGGCUCCCGUUGGAGCCGUUGGAGCUUCCGCAUUCUCGAACACAUCGGAGGAGGCAAAUUGGAGCAUCAGCGUUCCAUCCAAUUCAAGGCCGAGGUCAUUCCAAACGACGACCGCGAUGCCAGCGAUAAGGCCCCUCCCCCUCCCCAGUGGGCUGUUAUCAAAAUCGGUAGGCGGAACCAGUGGUAUAAUUCUAAGAUGACACCAAUGAAAUCAGAACGUCUGUUUUAUGGCCUCAAAAGUAUCUGCGAGGCGCAGUGUUUCCGCAAGUCAUACGAGUUGAUCAGUUACGGGACUUUGGCUCUCGAAUGGAUGGAUACGACUCUUGAUCGGAUCCCGUACAAGGGAUAUAAGAAGCAAUUCCCUCUCCUCCUCGCAGUUCUGAAAACAUUGCUACAGAGCUGUGUUGUUCUGGACGGGUUGCAACAUGUCCAUACAGACAUCAACCCCACCCAUAUCUACGUCUCCAACUACAACUCCAACAACCCCAUCGUCAAACUCGGCAGCCUGGGUAACGUACACCCAACCGGCUCUAAUCCCCCCGGCGAAGUCACCACCCGCGCUCCCGAAACCCACUUCUACGAGUUCUGCACCUCCGCCUCCCAGCUGUGGUCCGUCGGCGCAACCCUCCUCUCCUGGAUCAAUCCCUUUCUCUUGAAUUAUGCCAGAUGUCCUACACCUGAAAUGAUACCCGCGCUCUGCAUGUCGAAACUCAAGCGACUUUUUCCGGAAUGGUAUAUCCCGGAUCCAGGACAGCUUGAGUUAAAUAAUGUUGUAAAGGUGGACUUGGAUUGUAUUGCCCCGUUUGAGACGCAGUUGACGAGUCUCGGAGUGCCGAGGGAGAUUACGGAUGUGUUGGCGUUGAUGAUGAUUAUUGACCCCAAGAAGAGGCCCUCGGCGAAGGAAGUGUUGGAGUCCAGGGAGAUGAGGAAGUUGGAGAGGUUUGUGGAGGAGCAGAGGGAGGUGGGGUCUGAUGCUUUGCAUCCACUUGUUCUUGAUUAA